AAAACAUAGGGUUCUGUCUCUCUCUUCAAGCCGCAGCCCUCAAUCUCUUCUCCUCCCUCUCUCUUCUCUCCCCCCAUUUCUAGCAAAAAACAGUCUCUUUAGCUGUUGAACAGCUUUGCCCACGCCAUUUCCACGCAAAAUUUGUCCCAUAUCUGCUUUACCUGCGUCUGUCCUGUCGUUGAAAUGGCAGAGAUUUCCCUUUCCUCGCUUCAACCACAACAGCUUCACAAAGAACAGAAAUUCGGUCCAUUUCGGGCAAACAUCUGAAGCAAGUCACGUGAAGGGCUUUCAACGUUCGGAUUAGCAGGUUUCUUUGACUCAAUUUCGAAUUUUAGAUUUCAACAGCCCGCCCAAAUGAAACCCUAAAAUCACCCUAUAAAUACAUCUCUAAAUCUUCAGCUGAGGGGAGAGUUCUUUCAAUUUACCUAACCCCUCUUGAAGUAUUCAUAUUUCUAUCACUAUAUCUGAAAACACUCAUUUGGAGUGUUAAAUUAUUCAUUUUUUUUUAUAAAUUCGGCUUUUACUUUGGAGUCGAGGAUAAAUCCGAGACCAUCGACACUCAGUUCACUGCACGCACAAAAGGUCAGUGAAUAUUAGCUACAAUCUUUUUUUUUUUUUUUGGUUAGUGUAAUGAACCUGCCCGUUUGGGAUAGAGUCAUGAAUCAUAGUUCUCUCUUGUAAAUUCAUUCCCUUUUGGAAUGUUAGUGUCGUGUAUUUGAUGCAUGUAUUGAUAUUUGGACACCUGUUUGCGAGAAUAGACGUCGAACACCCCUCAUGCUUGUCGUUAUAUGAUCUAGGCCUGUUCAUUACUGGAUAUAACAAGAACAAGGGGUGACCUUGAACUUGAGAUUUGCUCUAGAUUCUAGAGAAAUUUAAUAUAUGUUUUGAAGACAAGUUUGGAUAUUUUUUUUUGGGUGAACCUGUAAUUGCUAUUUUUCUUUCAGUUAUAAUUGUUGUGUGCCCUUUGAAUAGUGUUCCUCAACAUAGUUUCCGAUUUAAGCUAAAAUCCUAACCCAAGCCGAGUAAAGAUAAUAAUACUAAGAAAGAAAUUUUGUAUGUCUAUCUGCGAUCAAAUUCGGAAUAGUGAAAAUACUCUGCUUUUUGCUUCUGAUUCCAGCUCUAAGAUUUUGUCUAGUGAGGGAAUUCUCAUAAACAUAUGGGUUUUUGUUUGAAAUAUUUGGUUUGCGUGUGGAAUUCUUCCUUCAAUUCGUUGAGAAGUUUGGUAACACUAAAUAGGGAUCGGCCUUUGUAGCUGUCUUUUGUACUUGUCUAAAAGGGCUCUACGCUUUAUGAAGCUACUGUUGUUAACUAUCCUAUUCGGUUUUGGUGUCUACUGUUCUGUUAAGUUUGUGGCUGUGGCAUUUAUAUUGUCGGAUUUGGUGACUGGUAUUAAUGUAAUGCACAAUCAAUUAGGUGGGCUGUUGUAAAGAUAUGUGGUGUGUGUUAAUACUAUGUGAUAUACACUACUGAAGAAUCAUGUUAAUUGUUAGCGGUGGAGUUUAAUGGUUUGCCAUCUCUAUUUUCUUAAAGACGUGUAAAGUACAUCAUUUGGCAUUUAUAUUUAAUGAAUCAAAGUUGCUCCCUGUUUUAGCUUAAGAAAAUACCAGUUCACGAAAUACCGAAUCUCUUUCAGUUGGUUAAUGAUUAGCUAAGCAUCUCCGUCGUUUGAUUAGCGUGAUUUGUAAAAGUACUGGUUCUUAGCAUAAGUCCUUUAAAUUUCUCCUUUAUCCUCCAUAAUUGUUUUAAUCGGGUUUCUUUCUAAUUUUCAUCAUUUUCUUUCUUUGUUUGACAUGUACACUUCGGGAGCAAUUGGGGUCUUCGUCAAAGACUUUCGUUGCCACAAGAAGUCUCAUUUUGAGACUUGAUAUUGCCGCUAGGUUCAGAACCCUCAUUCAUUCCGCAUUGGAUUCACUCCCCUCUCGAAAACAUCCAGCAGAAUUAAAAGAGGGGAGCAUAAAGACGUCAAUUGCAUUAGGAUUGAUUAAUUGCUUGUUUUCUCAUAUGUGUUUGGUUUAAGACUGUUGAUUUUAAACCUGUUUUAGUAGUCUAAUUAGGAUGUUGCUUUGGUAAUAGUGAAAAUACUUUGGUCUCUUUCAUGAGUCUAGGAGAACUUUCUUUUGAUCAAUUAGGCUAGUUGGACAUUAUUUCGGUAUAAUAUAGAAUUACUUUAGUUCAUAUUAUGGCUCUAAGAAGGCUGUUAACUCCAAAGAAGGAUUAACAUCACACCUAGGCCUCCACUGAUGACCUGUGCACGCUACAUUAUAUAUGUAUAUGUGCUGAGUGCAUAUGACUUAGGAAUGUUGAAAUAUUGAAAAGAAUGAAUUAAUAAACCUUUUAAAAUGCUGCAAAUUAACCAUUAAUAAUAUACCGAGAUCAGAUCGGAAGGGAAACAUUGGGAAUAGUUAUAAAGUUACUUUCAAAUUUACACUAGCCAUUUAUCUAGUCAUUCACUAUAUUUUUGCUAAAAUCAAUUAAUAUCUAAUCAUUGAGUUGUUUCAAAUAUAUUUCAAACAUGGCUCAAUCCCGUACUUUCUUUAGUCUACUUAUAACUAAAGCUUUUAUGCAAAUUAUUAUUUUUCCUACAAGGUUUAUUUUAAUAGUAUAUAUCUAUUUCCAUUUAUAACUUUAAUAAUAUUUGCAAGCUAUUUUCUUAAAUAUUUAAAAUGUAAAAUUGGUAUUUUUCUAGUCUAAUUAAUUAACAUAAGUCCGGUCGGUUAACCAUUGUUAAUGGGUCUUAAAGGAUGUUUAAUACUUUCCCUUUAGACUAAUUGAACCCUUACUUAGAAUCUUUAGGUUUCGUAGACAGUAAAACGGAGUUAACUUUAGAAAAUAAUUUUAAUGAACUUUAGGUGUCCUAAUUCACCAUAAAAAAUUAGGUGGCGACUCCUAACUUUAAAAAAUUUCGAAAUUACCCGGAUGUUAUAAACUAUUUUGACCCCGAUUAAAAUAGGGUAUAAUAGGGUAGACCUUGGAUACAUAGCAUGAGGGUCGUGCCCUCAACAUUGCAUCAGUUACUGAAAUUCCCAACCCCGGAGGGGAUAAAAACCAUCCGAGGUGAACAACCCGUUGCAAGGGAGAUGUUCGCGGUCGAGGAGGCGAUACCUCAGCCCAAAAAAUCGGAUCACAAGGAAGAAGAUCCAACCGGAGGACCGAACGCCAAAUAGCAAUCAAAGCACACGGGGUUGGACCCAGGGCAUGAAGAGGAUGAUUUCGAUGUACCCAGGUCAUUCGUCAUGCGGGAUGACUCGGAUGCGACCAAGUCAACAGUAGAGGAGCUGGAGCAGAUCAUCUUGUUCGAAUACCUACCGGACAUAAAGGUAUACCUGGGCACGGGGUUAACCUCGGAGCUCAGGAACAAGUUAAUUGAAUUUCUUCGAGCUAAUGCAGAUUGCUUCGCGUGGUCCCAUAUAGAUAUGACAGGUAUACCACCGGAAGUAACAACUCACAAGCUCAGCUUAGACGAGAAGUUUCCCCCGGUGAAGCAGAAGAGAAGGCCCAUGGCGGAAGCAAAACACACCUUCGUAAAAGACGAGAUAACAAAGCUUUUGAAAAUAAGCUCUAUCCGGGAGGUAAAGUACCCGGACUGACUAGCUAACGUAGUAGUGGUGCCGAAGAAAGGUAAUAAAUUUCGAAUGUGUGUUGAUUACGAGGAUUUAAACAAAGCAUGCCCGAAGGAUUCAUUUCCGUUGUCUCACAUCGAUAGAAUGAUCGAUGCAACGGCCGGGCAUGAGAUGUUAAGUUUUCUCGAUGCCUACUCCGGGUAUAACCAAAUUCGGAUGCACCCGGAGGAUCAAGAGAAAAUAUCCUUCAUUACCCGAUAUGGGACUUACUGUUAUAAUGUCAUGCCUUUUGGAUUAAAAAAUGCCAGCGCAACUUACCAACGCCUAGUUAAUGGGAUGUUCGAAGAACAAAUAGGGAAAACAAUAGAAGUUUAUAUUGACGACAUGGUGGUCAAGUCCCUGGAAACAAAGGACCAUUUAAAACAUUUGCAGGAAACCUUCGACGUGCUCCGCAAGUAUAACAUGAAGCUCAACCCGGAAAAAUGUGCCUGCGGGGUCUGGUCCGGUAAAUUUUUGGGUUUCAUAGUGUCAAACCGGGGGAUCGAAAUCAACCCGGACAAGAUCAAGGCCAUCGAGGAUAUCGAGGUGGUGAAUAACGUCAAAGGAGUACAGAGGCUCACCGGAAGGAUAGCGGCGUUGAGUCGCUUCAUAUCGAGAUCCUCGGACAAGAGUCAUCGUUUCUUCUCUUUACUGAGGAAGAAGAACGACUUCGUUUGGACACCGGAGUGCCAAAGAGCUUUACAAGAAUUAAAGAGAUACUUGUCCAGCCCUCCGCUUUUUCUCUACCUUGCUGUCUCCGAGAUAGCGGUAAGCGGCGUUUUGGUCCGAGAAGAAUCAGGUACGCAAUUCCCUAUCUAUUAUGUAAGUAGAACUUUGGGGGAUGCGUAGACUCGUUAUCCCCACUUGGAAAAAUUGGCAUUGGCAUUGGUAAGUGCUUCUAGAAAGCUCAAGCCUUACUUUCAAUGCCAUCCGAUAUGUGUAGUGACUACUUAUCCCUUAAAAAACAUCAUGCAUAAAUCGGAAUUAUCGGGUAGACUAACUAAAUGGGUCGUAGAAGUUAGCGGAUAUGAUAUCGAAUACAAACCUCGAACGGCCAUCAAGUCCCAGAUCUUGGCCAAUUUUGUGGCAGAUUUCACCCCGGCUAUGGUCCCCGAGGUCGAGAAAUAACUUCUGCUAACCUCGGGGAAAGCCCCAGGUAUUUGGUCGCUACAUAUGGACGGGGCCUCGAACCUUAAAGGUUCCGGGCUAGGAAUUGUCCUUAGAACCCCGGUCGGGGAUGCCGUUCGACAAUCCAUUAGAACUGUUAAAUUGACUAACAAUGAAGCCGAGUAUGAGGCUAUGAUUGCAGGUUUGGAGUUAGCUCGGAGUAUGGGUGCCGAAAUAAUCGAGGCAAAGUGCGAUUCACUCUUGGUCGUAAACCAGGUGAACGGCGUCUUCGAGGUCAAGGACGAACGGAUGCAGAGGUAUCUGGAAAAAAUCCAAGUGGUACUACACCGGUUUAAAGAAUAGACCAUACAACAUAUACCGAGGGAGCAGAACAGCAAAGCCGAUGCAUUGACGAAUUUGGGAUCUUCGGUCGAAGGGGAAGAAAUCAACCCCGGGACUACGGUGCACUUGUUGAACACGGCGAUAGAAAACGGACAUGCCGAAAUAAGCACAAUGGGUUUAACUUGGGAUUGGCGCAACAAGUACACCAACUACUUGCGUGAUGGAAAGCUCCCGAAUGACCCAAAAAAAUCACGGUCAUUAAGGACCAAAGUUGCGCGUUUUUGCUUGGUAGACGACUAAUUGUAUCGACGGUCUUUCUUCGGGCCCCUGGCCAAGUGUUUGGGUCCCGGAGAAACGGAGUAUGUGAUGAGGGAGGUGCACGAAGGAACAUGCCGCAAUCAUUCCGGUGCUGAUGCUCUGGUCCGAAAGAUUAUCAGGGCCGGUUAUUAUUGGAGCCGGAUGGAGGAAGACUCAAAGAAUUUUGUCCGAAAAUGUGACGGGUGUCAGAGACAUGCUCCGAUGAUUCAUCAGCCCGGGGAGUUGCUGCAUUCGGUGGUGUCACCCUGGCCUUUCAUGAAGUGGGGAAUGGACAUUGUCGAUCCAUUACCAUGGGCACCAGGUAAAGCCCGUUUUAUUUUGUUUAUGACUGAUUAUUUCUCCAAAUGGGUUGAAGCGCAGGCCUUUGAAAAAAUCAGAGAAAAGGAAGUCAUUGACUUCAUAUGGGAUCACAUCAUCUGUCGUUUCGGCAUCCCUGCCGAGAUAACUUGUGAUAAUGGUCCUCAGUUCGUGGGCGGCAAAGUUAACGAUUUCCUCUAAGGGUUGAAGAUCAAGAAAAUUGUAUCAACUCCAUAUCACCCGUGUGCGAACGGACAGGCGGAAUCCACGAAGAAGACAAUAAUCCAAAAUCUGAGGAAAAGACUUGAAGCAUCAAAGCAUCACUGGAGGGAAAUAUUACCGGAGGUGUUGUGGGCUUACAGAACCACAUCGAAAUCAAGCACGGGGGAAACUCCUUUCUCGUUGGUCUACGGGGAUGAAGCCCUUAUUCCCAUGGAAGUUAGCGAACCGACCCUCCGGUUCAGAUAUACGACCGAGGAGUCAAACGAGGAGGCCAUGGCCGUAAAACUCGACCUCACGGAUGAACUUCGCGAAAACGCGUUGGUCCGUAUUGCAGCCCAGAAACAGAGAGUGGAAAAGUACUACAAUCGGAGAGCCAAUUUUCGUCAUUUCCAAGUUGGGGACUUGGUGCUUCGAAAAGUUACCUUGAACACCAAAAAUCCCAACGAAGGAAAACUGGGUCCGAACUGGGAAGGACCGUACAAGAUAAUCGAGGUAACGGGUAAAGGAUCGUACCAGUUGGAAUCCAUGGACGGGCAACGGUUGCGCAAUAACUGGAAUGUGGCUCAUCUGAAGAGAUACUACUGCUAAGGUAUGGACUCCUCGUGUUUUUCUAUUUGACCUCUCUUUUUUGCAGGAAGUCGAGUACCGGGUAAAGAAAAUAAUCUACAUCUGAAAACACAUGUUGCACUCUUUACCUUAGUACGGUUUUGAACCAAAAUGGGUUUUCCGACAAGGUUUUUAAUGAGGCAACGAGUACAACGUGUUACUCGACGAAGAUAAAGGACAAAUGUCCGGAUACUCGGGGUCACACCCUACUAGUGGGGACUUAAUAACACUCACCCGAUCUUGCAGCUCGGAUAAGCGCUAGGGGACUAUAAUACCCACUCCAGAGUUUGCCCCGGUUAGCGGAAAUCGGAGGAGCUCAACAAAAUAAAACCGGACCUAAAAUAUUAGGUUCCGAUGUAAGGACCAAACGAUCAAAAUGAAUCGUGUCCACGCAAUAUUUGCUACGGCAAAACCAAGAACGGGACCUUAUGCAUUAGGUUCCGAUGUAAGGACCAAACGAUCAGAAUGAAUCGUGUCCAUUUAGUAUUUGCUACGGCAAAGGCAGAAGGGAAAAGUUCAUUCUCAUGUAUAUAAAUACUUGCAAUGCAAAAAUUAUCAAAAGUUUGGAUAACGAUAUCUCGGAUGUACUUUACCCCGAUGAUUACCGCCGUAUUUCGGCAUUACUUCAUUCAUAUACCCGAUACCGGGCACUACGGUCGAAAUUCGACAAAAACAGCAAGGUCAUAGUGAUCCGAGCCAAAAUCAUUAAUCCCACGAACAGGGACUUUUUACAUCAAAAUUCAGCUAAGGCUGAGAUUCAGGUAGCCGAAAAAUACCGGCCCUAAAAAUGUCCGUCGUGAUUCAAAGACGUCUGAAUUCACAAAGCAUAAGAUAAGUCCCACGGGCAAAAAAUGCAUAAAAUUCCCGGACAAAAUGUACCAGAUGAAGAGAAAAGCCGAUAUUUAGGCACAGCCGAUAUUCGGUCGGAAGUCACAACAAACAUUCAAACAAAGUAAAGAAUCAAGGAAAAUACAUAUUCUAUUUAUACGAAGGAUUUUACAUCGGAGACUCCUACAAAGGCAAAAAAUAAAAAGGCUAAGUACAGGCCCUAAUCUAUCCGGCAUGGCUGGAUCCGGAGGGUUCGGACACUGUCCGCUCAGAGUCGUCGGAGUCAGACCCGAGGGCACCCUUAGCCUCUUCCUCGACUCUUUUAGCCUCGAGAAUCAGGACCGGAUGUGUGUUAAACCAGUAUGACCAGAGAUCGAAGGAAGAGAGGGAAGGACAUUAUUUGGUCCGGGUUUUCCCAUAGCCGAGUUGAUCAUGGCCGUUCCUCCGUUUGAUCAAGGCCGUUCCUCCGGGGUUGAUCAAGGUCGUUCCUCCGUUUGAUUGUGGCCGUUAGUCAGUUUGAUCGUGGUCGUUGGUCCGGGAGAUCCGUUGCGCGACUGCCACGCGUCGAUAACGUUCUGCCAUGUUCAACUGCCAAUCGUACGGGUGUCAGACCGUACGGCCAACCUAACCCAACCUAAUCUGUUUCAGAGUUUUUCUUUAUUUUUUAGUUUCUCAUAUUGUAUGAAGCCCAUGAAGCCCAUGAAGCAACACUAUAAAUAAGGGUCAUUGCCCACUUUUGAGGGGUUGGCUUCCUCAUGUCAAGAACUCUUGUAAUAGCAAAAAAUAUAUAAACUCUCUCUCUCUCUCCCAAAUAUCUGAUUCCGGUCCAAAUUUAUUGUGUUCAUCUCUUAAAUUUAUUCAAUCAAGUGAUACUCAUAGUAGUAGACAUAUAACCUCUGAUUAUCAGGUGUUUCUCCAUAGCAUAUUUAUAUAUUUCUUUUUUCUAUCAAAUAGAUUAAGGCACAACCACGUAUCCAUUUAAAAUGUAUGAGAAGAAAGGAAAAUUAGAUCAUCCAAGGAACAGCGAUCUCUGCUUACCGAGUAUUAAUAGUUUAUCCUAACUUUUUAAGGUAUACCAACUGCCCGAAUGUGCUUGUGAGCAAAAGCCUUACCCUUCAUUUACUUUGGAAGAGAGGGAAUAUUUGCUAAUUUCCGAACCAGAGAUAACAUAUUAAGUAAUUCUUGAAUUACAUAUAGUAUUGAAGGUGAGAAGAACUUACAUCAAAAUAUCAAUCAUUAGUUAGAGAUAGAAUUUUGUUGGAAAUUUCGCAACGGCAAAGAAAAGUUAAAUGAAUCAUGUGGGAUGAACUUGACAAAAAACUGGAGACAAGGUUCACUGUUUCUAAACUAAUCGUUUAUCUAAAAAGGCAAAACAUACUGAAAAAGAAAGAAACACGAGUUGGAUACUGUCCUAACUAGCUCUUCCACUUGUAUUCUCAUUUUCUUGCAACCAGAGACAAUAUCAAAGUAGGAAAACAUAUGCAUACAAGAGAUAGAAAAUCAGAAAUGGGGCCAAGAGAGACAUUAUUCUCUUCCAUUACCUAAAAAUACUUGAAGGAUUGAUAGCGGUUAAAGGACCUGAGAAAUCCCCUCACGUAGAGAGUCUGAGAGGGCGGAAACCACUACUUUGUUCAAUUUCAACACUCUAUACAAAUGAAAUCAUAGUUUUAAUAAAUAUCGUUUCUACACAUAAAUGUGUUGCUAAAGGUUAUCUUUUGUGUCAUUAUCUAAUAUUUAGAGACGUGUUAAUACUGUGUGUGCAUAUACUUUGACAGAGAGGGACUGCAAAUCUUUUUAAUCCUCUCAGUCUAUUAAAAGAGAGAGAAUCUUUGUUUAAAAGAGUUGGUACUAAAGAACAUACUCUUAUUUAAGUACAACAUGGUAGAAGUUGGAGACAUGGGCCACAAGAUGCAUUUUCUUGACUAAAACACUAAAAAGGCAAAACAUGGGAAAUAAAAAGAACCAGGAGCAGAGGAGGAGCUGUACUUUGGAAAAUAAAUAGAGUUGGAUACUGUCCAGGCUGUUGCACUAGUAUUCUCAUGUUCUUGCUUACCCGUCAUGCAAGCCAAGACAGUGUCAGGGUUGGCAAAGUAAUCACUGAUAAUCAGAAAAUGGUUUCAGCAAGUGGAAGCUUUGCAUUAGGCUUCUUCACUCCAGGCAAUUCUACUUUCGCCUAUCUUGGCAUAUGGUACAACACGAUCCCUGAACAAACCGUUGUUUGGGUUGCUAACGGAGAAUCUCCAAUCCCUCAGAAUUGUACUGCAGUUUUCACUAUUGGUGUUGGUGGAAAUUUUGUGAUUCUUGAUGCAAAGGGUAAACUCAUUUGGUCAUCAAAUGUUUCAUCCACACCAGGAUUAGCUUCAAAUUCUACUGCAGGAGCACUGUUAGAAAAUGAAAAUCUUGUUCUCAUGAGACAUGGUGAGUCCAAUACAUUGUAGGAGACCUUUAAACAUCCUACAGAUAUAUUAAUGCCUGAGAUGAAACUUGGUUAUAAUAGAAGUUAUAGAACUACUGGUCAAAGAACUCUGAUCAAUUCAGGGACAAGUAGUGAAGAUCCUCAGCCGGGAAAUUUCUCAUUUGGAAUAGAGCGUGAAGGGCAUCCGCCCUUUUACAUUUGGAAGCAGAACAGUAUUUCUUAUAGGUUUGAGUACAAUAACGAAUACUCUGGAGGGAAUAUGCUAGGAGUUGCAUUGUAUCCUUCUGUUGUUUCUGGAAAUAGUGGAGUAUUUCUUAUUUAUGGUUACACCAAAGGCUCAGUCACUUUAAGUAUCAUUUUGAGUCCGAGCAGGUACCUUCAGGUGCUGGCAUGGAUUCUGAUUGCUAAUACGUGGAAAGUUGUAUUUCAGGCACCAGGAACUCUUUGUGAUUUUUAUGCACACUGUGGUCCAUUUGACAGCUGUGAGAUUAGAUAUAGUGGAUUAUGCAGAUGUUUAACCGGAUUUGAACCAAAAUUUUCAAAAGAUUGGGCAAAUGGAAAAUGGAAUGGAGGUUGUGCCAGGAAAGUAGCAUUGGGAUGUGAUAGUAGUGAUGUGUUUUUGAAGCACGAGAGUAUGAAGGUACCAGAUCAUACUAUCUUCUUUGGAGAAAUGAGCAUUAAGGACUGUGAAACCGAGUGCAUUAGGAACAGUUCAUGCACAGCUAAUGCAUAUUCAAAUAGCACCUGUUUAAUAAGGAUUGGAGAUUUACUGGACCUUGGCCACAACUCUUCCACCGCCAGACCUCUGCAUGUUCGCGUUCGUGGCUGUGAGCCAAUAACUGUUGGUAGAUCUGGGGAUUCAGCUCAAAGACACAAAAUUUUCAUUGCCACAAUUGCUUCUGCAAUAUCUUCUAUCUUGGUGCUUACUGGUAUCUUUGCCUUUAUCUUCAAAAUAAAGCACUUGAGAAGACGAGGCUGGAAGGAUGGAACUAAAGCUCUCAUUAGUCCGUGUCUAGUUUAUAUCCAGUUGGGAAAAGCGAUAUUAAGUUGCUACAGUUCAGCCUGCAGAAAAUAAGAGAGGCUACAAACAACUUCCCCGAAGAAAACAAACUUGGAAAAGGUGGUUUUGGCCCUGUGUUUAAGAGUUUGGAGAUACAGCCAUCAAAAGGCUAAGCAGGAGGUCAUCACAAGGACUAGAGGAGUUCAUGAAUGAGUUGAAGCUAAUUGCAAAAUUGCAGCACAAAAAUCUUGUCAGCCUCUUAGGUUGCUGUGUUGAAGGAGAGGAGAAGAUACUGAUCUAUGAGUAUAUGCCAACUUGCAGCCUGGACAAAUUUCUUUUCGACCCUUCUUUGAAGAUUACACGCGAUUAGAUUACACGUUUGGGGAUAAUAGAAGGAAUUUCUCAAGGAAUGCUUUACCUACACAAAUGCUCAAGAUUAAAAGUCAUACACAGGGACUUGAAGGUAAGCAACAUUCUGCUAGACAAGAGAUGAUCCCUAAAAUAUCAGACUUUGGAAUGGCAAGGAUUUUUGGGACUGAUCAAACACAGGCCAAUACAAGCCGAGUGGUUGGUACAUAUGGCUAUAUGUGUUCAGAAUAUGUACUAUAUGGUCAAUUUUCAGAGAAAUCAGAUGUGUUCAGCUGUGGAGUGCUGCUGUUACAAAUUCUUAGUGGUGAACGAAACUCAAGACUUUUCUGUGACUGAAGUUUCCGUUUCCCUCUUAGGAUGGGCAUACAAUAAGUGGAAAGAAGGAAGACUGUUGGAGUUGAUUGAUCGAUAAAUAAGGGAAACCUGCGACAGCAACAAAGCAACAAGACCUUGGGCAGCCCGAAUCAUAGGUUGGAUUUAUCUUGAGUUGGAUCAUAUUGGAGAGCGUUUGAGGUACGGACGCACAGCCUGGUGAUCCACCUGUUUAGGACACCCUUUCUGCUAUUCGGAGUGCUCCUCUCUUUCCGGAGCUUAUACUUUUGGUAUAUAUAUUUAUUAGUGCAUUUGUAUAUAUUCGUUCAUGGGUACGGCGGGGCCCUGUCCCGUCAUAUGAUUCUGUCGGUCUGUUUAGAGGUCUGUGGACAUGUUUGUGGGUUAGGGUCUUUCUGUAUGGAUGUAUGUACAUGUCGUUUGGGCGAUCCCAUACGCCGAGGCGGCCGGUCCGCAUAUGUUGUUUGGGCGAUCCUAUACGCCGAGGCGGCCGGUCCGCAUAUGUUUAUAUAUUGCUUGGUUAGCCCUGUGUGGCUUUUGUUGGUAUUUUCUGCGUGCAGGGUAUAUUGGAUAGUCCGUAAAACAAAGGAAACUCUGCCGAAAUUUUUCUGAAAAUUACCUAAAUCUGAAAUAAAGCCUUGUCGGCUUCCGCCAUAUACUAGAAUGAGUUGAUAGAAUUUGAGAUAAUAUUUGAUAGAUGGGUUCGGGUGCCCA